AUGACUUCAAUAGAUGCACGGCCAUCCGCAGAUAGAGCGCAUGAAACCAGCAAUGGAAGUGAUUUUGAGAAGACAAAACAGACGCAGAAUGACGACUCAAAGCAGCGGGAGGACCACAGCCCGAAGACCGGAGGAAGCACGGAUGGAAGCGACCUCGAAGCUGGCGUUGAGCAGGUGGAAGGCGUCCGAGACACGAAGAAGAAGAAGUUCAGGAUUUCAAAAUUCUACAAGAAGUACAGGCUUCCGAUACACAUUGUCAUAUGGCUGGCAUGGACGGCAUGGUGGAUCGUCGGCCUCAUCUUCCAUCGGUCAGAUAGCCUCGGAUGGCUUAAGCCGUUCUUGGUGUACCUUGCCAUCACCAUCCGCAUCAGCACACUAUGGCUCCCUGCUGCCUCGGUGAUGAUCCCUCUGCGGUUCAUCUGGCGAAACACGAUGUUCAUGGCGUACGACAUGACGCCGCAAAAGCUGCAUAAACCAAUCGCCGCCGUGAUCACUGUGGCAGUCUUCAUCGUCGGCGCGAUGAUUCCCGCAGAAGUCGGCGACAACACCCGCGCAAGUCGAGCGAUCUCACUCUUCGGCCUCGUCCUCCUGAUCGCUCUCCUCACGGCCACAUCCCGAGACUGGAGGAAGAUUCCAUGGCAUACCGUCAUCGGAGGCAUGCUCACCCAGUUUCUCAUCGCCGUGUUUGUCCUGAAGACGAGCGUGGGAUACGACAUCUUCGCCUUCAUCUCAGAGAUGGCUAGGACGCUCCUUGAGUUUGCAAAAGAUGGCCUCCGGUUUCUCACGGACGACGAGGUCCCGACGAAAACAUGGUUUCUCAUCAACGUUGUCCCGCCAAUCAUCUUCUUUAUCUCUCUUGUACAGCUACUAUAUCAUUGCGGGCUACUGCAGUGGUUCAUCGGAAAGUUCGCCAUCUUCUUCUUCUGGACCCUCCGGGUUUCCGGCGCCGAAGCCGUAGUAGCCACCGCGACCCCGUUUGUGGGGCAAGGAGAAUCGGCGAUGCUCAUUAAGCCCUUCAUCCCACAUCUGACCCUCGCCGAGAUACACCAGGUGAUGACCUGCGGGUUCGCGACGAUAGCUGGGUCGGUGCUGGUCGGGUACAUCAGUCUCGGCCUCAACGCGCAAGUCCUCGUUUCAUCGUGCAUCAUGUCGAUACCUGCGAGCUUAGCAGUGUCGAAGUUGCGAUACCCGGAGACCGAAGAGACCAUCAGCUCGGGCAAGAUCACAGUCCCAGAAGACGAAGAAAAGGCUGCCAAUGCCCUACAUGCGUUCGCAAAUGGGGCGUGGCUGGGAGUCAAAGUGGCUGGCAUGAUCGUCGCAACUCUUCUCUGCGUGAUCUCCUUUGUGGCCCUCGUUAAUGGCCUCCUCGGCUGGUGGGGGAGGUACUUGAAUAUCAUCAACCCGCCGCUGACGCUUGAACUCAUCCUCGGAUACGUUUUCUAUCCGGUGGCAUGGUGUCUCGGGGUGCCGAACAAGGACCUUCUGGUCGUAGGAGAACUCAUCGGCAUCAAGAUCAUAACAAACGAGUUCCUGGCUUUCAAGUCACUCUCAAGCAACGCCGAGCCAUACGUCUCGAUGUCACCUCGCUCACGGCUUAUUGCUACGUAUGCAUGCUGUGGCUUCGGGAAUGUCGGCGCCCUCGGCACGCAAAUCGGCGUUCUCUCUCAGAUCGCGCCCGGUCGUGCAGCCGACGUCUCCAGAGUAGCCGUCUCCGCGUUGUUUUCAGGUAUCCUGUCGACUCUGACUUCCGCCAGCGUUGCUGGUAUGUUGUACACUGGAUAG